AACUAGGAGCACUUGUGACCCUGAACCAGGAGGGGGCUGUGUUGCUGUGCGUUCGCUUUCACCGACGAAGAAGAAGAAAAGAAGAAGAAGAGAAGACGUCAUCGCAUUCGAAGAAGAAGAAUCAUACAUUUGGAGGAAUCAUGGCUUCCCCUGCUGGCUGUGAGCAUUAUGUACGCAGCUGCUUGUUGAAAGCUCCUUGCUGUAGCAAACUGUACGUGUGUCGGCUGUGCCACGAUGCAGAGGAGAACCACCAGAUGGAUCGAUUCAAAGUCACAGAGGUGCAGUGCUCUGAGUGUCACACCGUGCAGCAGGCACAACAAACUUGUGAGCAGUGUAACGUGCAGUUCGGGGAGUAUUACUGCAACAUUUGCCACUUGUUUGACAAGGAUAAGAAACAAUACCACUGUCAGCCGUGUGGGAUAUGCAGGAUCGGGCCCCGGGAAAAGUAUUUCCAUUGUGAGAAGUGCAAUCUGUGUUUAGCCCAGAAUCUGCGAGGAAAUCACAAGUGUGUUGAAAAUGUCUCGAGGCAGAACUGUCCGGUGUGUAUGGAGGAUAUCCAUACAUCCAGAAUCAUGGCUCACGUUCUUCCAUGCGGUCAUCUUUUACACAAGACCUGCUUCGAUGAUAUGGUCAGAACGGGUGCAUAUCGCUGCCCUCUGUGCAUGCACUCUGCGUGGGACAUGGAGGACCACUGGGAUCAGAUAGACAAAGAGAUCUCCCUGUCCCCGAUGCCCACCGAGUACCAAGGGGCCACUGUCAAAAUUAUAUGUAAUGAUUGCCAAGUCCACUGCACUGUGCCUUUCCACGUGCUGGGGAUGAAGUGCAGCGGCUGUGGCUCCUAUAACACGGCUCAGGACGGAGGACUCAUCCAGCAGCCGGCGCCACAAGACGCAGAGCCCGACACAGAAACAGACACGGAGCCGGAACAGCAAGAUCCAACGCAGACCACCUUGCCAAAUUAGAUCCACAGCCAAUCACAAUGCCUGAUUUAAUUUUUCAAACUCGAGACGUUUGUCAGACCGCACCUCUGUUCUUCAGUCAUAUGUCAGAAAGAAUCCAUCUAGAGUUACUUUUUCUGUAGCUGCUCGUCCUCUGCAGGGCGGGAACCUCCCAGAGCAUGCGUCUAAUGAGAUGAAGGAUGCAGCUCUUAAAGGUUUCCGCCCCCCCGCCCCGCCCAUCUGACUAACAUGUGUUUACACAUUUUCACACUACCUGACCACGAGGACUGUCUUACUUGAGGGGUUAAGUCGCUGAGGCUCCAUGAAUUAAAAAAAAAACAAAAAAACAGUGUUUGUUCUUUUGAUUGUAUAAAAUCUGACUGUUUUCGUUCAGCUCAGGGAUUGUGCCGUACGUCGUAUGUAAACCCAGUACUGCAUCAGCACAACUCCACUCCACAUCACGUUGUCUAAAAAUAUGAUGGAUACAUAUGAAGGUUUCUCAUGAUGUGUUUUUGUGGUGCAGCUGCUGUGAAGAGGCGCCUGUUUCCAUCCUCAUCAUAUGCUUUUUAUGUCUUUGAUACUUGCAUGUUUUAAGUUUGGGAACAUUUACAUGUACAUCUAAGAACUACAACUCCCAAUAAACAACAUAAUUUACUAAAAACAAAGAUAUGAGUCUUUCUAAGCUGCUGAUUGAGACUGUGCGGCCCUGCGCUCUCUCUCUCUCUCUCUCUCUCUCUCUCUCUCUCUCUCUCUCUCUCUCUCUCUCUCUCUCUCUCUCUCUGCUGCACACCUGAGUGCCAUCUCUGCUCAAGGAGGAGGAGGUGUUUAGAGGAGUCAGGGAGGAGAGAUCAGGGAUGCACACUUUGGGCAGUGGUGAUGAGGAGCUUUUGUUGCCCCUUUUUUAAGUCCACUUAAAGUCCAUUUAGGUAUUUUGAGGGGGAGGUGCUGAGAGCGAUUACCCAUUACCUGUUUGGCUCGGUACCUUCCCAUCUGAUCUUUUUGGCCAGGUCUCCAGCCCCUUUUUGUUUCUUGGGUUUCUUAUUUUUCUUUUGAUGUAAAUGUAAUAAAGCUCGGGGUUGAACUUUAAA